GCUUUUAAAGAAGAAAAAGACGAAAAACGUAUUAAGGAUAAAACUUCAAAUAAUAACACUAAUAUAGUUUCCAAUGUUCUCACCAGUAGUCCAACACAGGAAAAUAAUAAUCAACUUAAUGUAGAAAAAAAGUUACCUUCAAUUCCAAAGCCUUUGAAUAGAGCAAAAUCACAAAAAGAAGAAAUCAUUGCAGAUGAUUCUUGUAAUGAAGAUAAUGAGACUAUAUAUGUUGAAUCUCAAGAUGAAGAAGGGAUGGAUGAUAAUGAAAGUACAUCAUCUAAGGGACGCCGAAGUAGUUUUGUGGGAAGUAUCAAAGUUGUGGAAUUUAAUGGUGAUCGUCCAAACGCCGAAGAAAAUGUUCAAAAGUUGGAAGAUUUCUUACAAAUUGAAAUCCAGAACACUAAUGUAGAUAAUUCGACUUUGGAUAGUAAAGCAAAAAAGAGGCAAAGUUUGACCAUGAAAUUUUAUACGGGGAGUCAACGACAAUCUAAUGAUUCAAGUGGUCGUAAUAGUUUGAUAGAUGCAUUGACUAAAAUUAUAGGUAAACAAGAAUUAGCCAUAAGUGAGGAUGAAGGUGGCGUUUCGGAAGCUUUAGAGGCUUUGGAAAGGAAGUCUAUAGAAAUAGAGAAUCAUGAAAAUGAAUCCCUCGUCAAGGAAGAUUCUACUAUUGGGGAAGACUCUACUACCACUGGACAAGAUUCUACUACUCUUGGACCAGAUUCUACUACCAUUGGGCAAGAUUCUUAUAAGAAAUCACCACAACCGUCAAUAAUUUAUUCAACACCGUCAUCUCCAGCUACGCCAACUAAAGAAACUGUUAGUGAUAUGAACCUAAAACAUUAUUCUGACAACGGACAAUAUGUCAAUGAUAAUGACUUAAAAGUUGAUGAUCUUGGUAUUUCGAUAUCUAAUGGAUAUCAAGAUAACAAAAACUUUAAUGAGCUCGAUGAUAAUGUGACCAAUGAACAAAGCGUAGAAGAACAAGUCAAUGAAGAGUGUGUUAUGGACGAUGUAGUAACUAUGACGGUGAUCUUGGAACGAACUCUUUUAGCAUACAAAAAAGUAUCUUCGCCCGCCUCAAAGAAUGAAAGCAUGGCAAAAUUAAUUUCUGAUAGUUUAAAUGGGAUGAUGGAUGAUAUAAAUAAGAGUCUUAAAGAAAAUGAAGAACAAACAAAUGAUCAAGUAUAUGAGUCUACAAAGAGCCAAAUCAACGUGCCCGAAAUUAUUGAACCUGGACAUGAUACAUAUCAUGAUGAGGGUGAUUUAGAACCUACGAUCUUGUAUGGUACAGUUAGUGGUGAUCACGAAAGAUACACACAAAAUCUUUUAGAAAAAUACUCUGAUUUGUUGGUAAAAAUGGUUGAAGAAAAACUGGACGCUAGAACUAAAAUAAAUGAAGAAUCAACAAGUAAUACACAAUCAAGUAUUAAUGAUAACACAUCGAGUAUUCCUGCUGUUAACGGAAAGUAUACUAAACCCACUAAGGGUGGAAUGAUACCAGUGAUGCGAAAUAAAGUUAGAAAGUAA